CCUCUUCCUUAUUUAAACUCCUCUGUUACACUCUCCAAACUCUUAAGCAAAAUUAAUUGAAAGUGAAGAGAAAAAAAAAACACACAGAGAGUCUCUCUUUUGUUUAGAAGUUUCUUAAAAUAAUGGACGUUUUUGAUGGCCUUCCCGAUCCGAUCAUCGUCGACAUCUUGAACAAAGUUGGUGACGUUAGAACCAUACUUCGUUGCAGCUCCCUCUCCAAACGUUUCAACUCGCUUGUACCUCAGUCCGAGUCACUCAUCCUCCGACUUGACCACUCCGAGUCCGAUUCACCCAACAUUUUCCGAUCUUUAUUCAACUCCUUUCAUGGUCUCCUCUCUCUUUUCUCUAAACCGGCCAAACCGAUCCCAACCACGGCUCUAUCUCCGAGUCACCCUUCCAAGAUUCUCUCACGUUUCGACAAGAUCCGGAGUUUGGACGUCGAGCUUCCACGUGGCGAUGUAAAACUCGACAAAGGCGCUGCCGUUAAGUGGAAAGCCGAGUUUGGGAAAACUCUCAAGAGCUGCGUCGUCGUUACCUUCCGUUCCGCCGCAACCGUGUCUCCUCCCGUCGUCGUCGACGGUGAGUCGGACGCCGAGUUCGUGAAUGGACUGAAGACGCGCGUCGUGUGUACGAUAAACUCCUUGAUGGCUGCGUCGACCCGUCAUUACUUGAUGAGCGAAGUCGUGAAGGAGCAUGAGGCGAUGGAGAGUUUGGUUAUACGUGACGUAGAAGGAGAAGGGAUGGUGGUGAUGGACGCUGAAGGGCUUAGAGAGUUCAGAUCGGCGCGUGGGGAAUACGAGGAGGGGCGCGUGGUGAGAAACCGGAGGAGUGUGGUACCGAGCGUGAAGAUGAGUAUGAGACACGCGCCGUCGGUUAAGCUUAAGAGUAGUGGCGUAUGUUUAGAAUCCGCGACCCUCGUGAUCGUACGGCCAAGCGGAGUAGAAUACGACGUCGGAGAUGAUGCUGAGCUGGCGACGGAAGCUUUCGCCGGAAACUGUAUGUACGGUGAAGCGGUCGUCGCUUUGUUAAAGUGUAAGAAGACGGCUUUAGAGAUGAAUUCAUUUUAAAUUAAAACUUUUGUUGGGCCUUGUAAUGGGCCUUUUGGAUGAUGCUUGUAAAAUAUGUUUUUCUUUUCUCUCUCUCUCUCGUGUGCCGUGUGCGCAUUUUUAUAAUACGGUGUACAAAUAAAAGUUGGCUUUACACUU